AUGCAGCCAAAAUGGGCAUUAGCAGUAGCCAUGUGUUUCACCGCGAUACUCAUCGUUGUGAUAAUUAUUCAAGCUAUCAAGCACGUCUCUCUCUCCUCUAGACGCGUCAUGAAAAGCGGCUGGGGUGGCCCCUAUGGUUGUUUUGUCAAGAUGGCAGCACUGGCUCGCGCGCUACACUACCACCGCUUUAAAAUCAGGUCUUACUUUUUACCCUACAGCUUUCCACUAAUUCUCGUUACGUUUAUGUUCACUUGGAUCACAAUUUGGACUUUCGUGACGUUUCCUUAUUAUCGACCGGGUAUGGAAUAUGGGUCGCCCCCAUUAGGCGUACGCGCAGGCUACAUUGCCACCGCCCUCGUUCCUCUCGUAUUCGCUCUCGGGUCUCGCGUCAAUCCUGUCACGUUCCUUACUGGCAUCUCGCACGAGCGUCUGCAAGUAUACCAUCAAUAUGGUGCACGUUUUAUACUGUUCAUGUCAAUCGUGCACACUAUUCCAUUCAUUGUGGCCCCUUACCAACAAGGACUGGAAUAUGAUGGCAGUCGUGAGACUGCACGAUACUUCUUGCAGUACUACUAUGACCAAACAGAACAAUUCUGGAACGGUAUACCACCACUCGUUGCAUUGGUCUGGAUUAUUAUCUCCAGCAUGGGAUACUUCAGAAGAUUUUCAUACGAAUUCUUUGUCAUUCAGCACGUCAUCUCUACUCUCUUCUUCCUAGUUUGGAUGCUCAUUCACGUGCAGGUAUCCCUCUUAAGCGCUUGGUACUACUGUUUUGUCGCUGUUGGAACGAUGAUCUGGUCUUGGUUCGGGCGAGUUUUGUGGACGCUCUGGGCCAAUGAAUUCAAGCUCAACAGAGCAACACUGGAGCCUCUUCCAGAGGGUAUAACUCGCGUAAGGAUCGUCACGCCGGUUCGAUGGACACCCGCACAGAGCGUAUAUCUUAGAUUCCCGACGAUGAAAUGUUUCCAGUCACACCCCUUUACCAUUGCCUCUGUCCCUAACGUUGAUGUUCAUAGCAACACUAAUGUCAUGCAGCUGCUCAUCAGAGGCAAGGGUGGUAUUACGAAAGAUAUCCAUGAUAAAGCCAAAAACGGUGUAUCCUCCACCUACUGUUUAAUUGAUGGACCAUACGGUGGCUUGUCUAAUCCAAUCGACAAUUACAAGCAUGUUACCCUGAUCUCAGGAGGCACUGGUAUCAACGCCACGGUCGGAAUACUGCUCGAUCUCGUGCGCAAGAUGGAAAAAGGCGAGACGCUGGUAGAACACAUAGACUUCGUUUGGACUAUUAGAUCUAUCGGAUCGAUGGAGUGGUUUAACGACACCUUCAAGUCUUUGUCAACACACAGCACUUUCAGCAACGUCAAUCUUGUCAUCCACGUCACAGGUUCCAAUCCAGCGGAGACUGUGGCGGUCGAGAAGAGCGAGUCCAGAUAUUCGAAUGAACCCGUCGCUUAUGAUGAGCAACUGUACAACUUCGCCAAAGGCAGGCCGGAUGUGAAAGAUAUCGUGAAAGAGUCUACAAAAGCUGCACAAGGAGUGGAUCUCGCUGUUGUGGUGUGUGGUCCAUCUAUCAUGAACUUUAGCGUCAUGAAUACUUGUGCUGCAAUCGAGCUGAAAAUCGCUGCUGGAGAGAGUGAACUUCCAAGAAGUCUUUUCGCUCAUUCUGAAUCGUUUGAAUUGUAG